CUGGACAGCUUGUAACUUUCAACUUUGACUAUUCUUGAUCUUUGUCCUCACACGACCGACUUGACGAUACCCUCUCUAUUGCUCUCCCUUUCUUUUUUACAUUACAUUAUGUAUUGAACUCUUAUGGGGAUCAUGAAAUUAUCACAGUAUUUAACUUCUUGCUCAUAGCAGACUUUUUAACUAUGAGGCGUUGGCUCGUCUCGGCACUCCUGCUUUUGCAGGUCGCCGCCACCACAGCUUCUGAUGAACAGCAAGUUGUCGACGCUAUUGUAGACGAUACCACAGCGACGAACUAUAAUUCAGCUACCGAAACCGACAUAGUCCAAAGUACACAACAUGCAUGGACUCCGUAUCAAAGCGGUUGGGAGCUUGUCCACGAGGCAAUGGCCGAAUUCCGAAAGAUUAAGACGACGCCGCAUCGUAAGACGAAAAAGCAAUUCGGAUUGUUUGGAACGCUGGUUCAAUGCGUCGCGAAAGCUUUACCAAGCUUACGAGUUAGUGCGCCUCCUCAGGAGCACGCGGCACCGGUAAUAAGUGGCCCCCUUCUCGAGGGCGUUAAGUUAUUACAGCAGUCGGCCGACCAAAAUAAUACGGAUGCGAUUUACCUCCUAGCGCAAUUCAAUUUCUUCGGGAACUAUUCCCACCCGAGAAACUUCAAGACCGCGUUCGACCAUUACUACCGGCUCGCAUCAUAUGGAAAUAGCUCGGCGCAGUAUAUGGUGGGUUUAAUGUAUGCGACGGGAUUAGGUGAUGCGGUGGAGAGGGAUCAGGCGAAGGCUCUAUUAUACCACACCUUCGCCGCGGAUGCGGGUCACACGAGAUCAGAAAUGACUGUCGCGGCUCGCCAUCUUAGUGGUAUUGGUGUACCUAAGAGUUGCGAGACGGCUUGCAAAUACUACAAGAGGGUGGCAGACAAGGCUAUGACAUGGUUUCGGUCGGGGCCGCCGGGAGGCAUGGCUCUUACACCGGAAGCGCACAGACUUUCUGACGAGGUUGGAGGGGUAUACGGCGAGGGUGCUAGUGUGGUCAGUUCCGGUAUCAAUGCUCUGAAAGCGAGCCCGAAUUCCGACGCCUAUGCCGCUAUUGACGAUGUGAUCGAAUACCUCGAUUUGAUGUCUCAAAAGGGUGAUUUUAAGGCUUCAUUUAAUCUAGGGAGACUCUACUACGAGGGACAGCGAGGUCUCGAAAGGAAUGUCGAUUUAGCCCGACGCUACUUCGCUGCGGUGACGACGAUGUAUUGGCGCUCGAAGGACGGGCGUGCCGUGGAUCAGCCGAAACCUCAGUUGGAGAAAUACGCUAGUAAAGCGGCUGGUUAUAUCGGACGCAUGUGGUUACGCGGGGAAGGAGUCAGACAGGACUAUAAGCUAGCUCGGGGAUGGUUUGAGCGUGGAAUUAAGCAUGGCGAUGCCCAAUCUCAAUGGGGUUUGGGUAUCAUGAAUCUCCAUGGCCUCGGCCUUCCGAAGAACGUCUCGAAAGCUACGGAACUUUUCAAGGCUUCGGCGGACCAGGACUUUAGCCUCUCCCACGUGGCGCUUGGGGCUCUUCAUCUUGACCAGGGUACAGCGGAUGACUUGAAAAUCGCGAAUUCGUAUUUUGAGGCGGCCGCUCGUUGGGCUAAUAUUGAGGCGCAGUACUACCUGGCUGAGAUGAUACACCACGGCGUUGGACGUGAUAAGACUUGUAGCAUGGCUAUGGCCUACUACAAGAAUGUUGCAGAGAAAGCCGAGCCUUUGGUGUCGUCUUGGGCGGAAGCUAACCAGGCAUAUGAGGACGGCGAUGUGGAGUUAGCCUUCCUUGAUUAUCUUAUGGCGGCCGAGCAAGGGUACGAGAAGGCGCAGAACAACGUUGCCUUCAUGCUCGACCCUACACAAUCACGACUACCCCUACCUUCAUGGCUAAAGCGCCAACCGCCCAAACCUAGUCUACUCCAAAACUCGGCUCUAGCGUUGAUAUACUGGACGAGGUCGGCUAUACAACUAAACAUCGAUUCUCUAGUGAAAAUGGGCGAUUAUUACUUAGAUGGUAUUGGUACUGAACCUGCACUUGAUAAAGCCGCCCAAUGUUAUACGGGCGCUUCUGAGUACUUCCAGAGCGCUCAAGCUCUGUACAAUCUCGGUUGGAUGCACGAAAAUGGGGUGGGCCUAACUCAAGAUUACCAUCUUGCGAAGAGAUACUACGACCAAGCUCUCGAGACUAAUGAGGAGGCCUAUCUUCCCGUAACUUUGAGCCUGAUGAAACUGCGGCUUCGCAGCGCUUGGAACACGUUUACCCACGGUCGGAUCAAUUCUAUCCAGGACGAGCCUUCACCAAGAAAGGAUUGGUCGUUAAGCGAGUGGAUCGCCAACUUCCUCCAAGAAGACGAGUACUAUUAUGAUGAUACAUACGAAGGAUUCUACGAUGACGGCGGCGCGAUCGCCGGGUCCGAAGGCGAACAUCUCAACGGCGCCGAUGCAUUCGAUGAUGUUGAUGGUGUCGUGGAGAGCUUAAUUAUCCUAGGCCUAGUCGCUGCGAUCGUGAUACUUAUGUAUUAUCGCGCGAGGCGACGGGAGCAGGCGCAACGCCAGGCGGAGGAAGAGGCUAGGAGACAAGGACAACCACGGCCGCGACCGCCGGUACCGGGACAAGGACAUGCACAGGGAGGUUUGUUUCCUCAGCCAGGUGGUCCGGAUUUUGCGCCGUGGGCUGGUGCGGUUGUGGGUGCUUAAGUUAUGCGUGCGUGCAAAAAAAAGAAAGAAAGCAGGCGAGCAAGCUGGGCGUUUGGGUUGGUGAUGUAUGUAUGUAUGGGUAGUAGGGAAUAUUGAAUGAAUGAAUAGAAAGGUUUAUGGUACAAAUACCUGGGUGUGAAGUUGUUUUACGAGUGUUCGGAGAUCUCCGAAAUGAGUAAUCAUAGGGGUACUGGUUUCGGAAUACGUCCGAGAUGAGUAAUCGUAGGGGAUUUUGGUUUCGGAGCACAUCCGAAAUAUUAUGUAAGCAUUAGGUAAGCGAGCUACGGAAUAGGGGCUAAUGUUGAGGGUGCUUCUUUAUUUUAGGUAGAUAGUAUUCUACAGGAGCGGCCGGCGUGCGGGUAUGAGGGUCGUCGGGGAGGCAGAGGAUUACGAUGCGUGGGGUUUGGAUGAAUAACUGAUUAAUUGGUAGAUGGCAAUGGUCUUAUAUGUACUGGCUGUGGGUGGAUUAUUGGGUACCUACUUUGAAGCAUCAAUGGAAGUCACUGGAAAACAAUGCGAAAUUCGGACGAAGGGAUGGAUAACUGCAGUUCUGAGGUCAGGUUUGUGUGUGUCUGUAUCAACCCUCGUGUCUCAGGGAUGGUGGUGUUUGUAGGUGACUUGACUAUUGACAAGGCAUGUAUGCCGGUCUCCAAUACAACAAUUACUGUGAGUUACUAGCUCACAUAACAGUCC